UCAUAUUUUCAUUGAAAUUUUCAUUUUCAUUUUCCCAAACUGCAGAUAGACAAGAUGAGAGCAAGAUCCUAAAGAAAAAUUGAACGAGAAACAGACCCUAAAAAUUACUAAGGAAAAACAUUAGAAGCUUAUUGUUCUAAUUUUAGAAAUUCUAAAAAGAAAAUAUCUUAAACAACAAUAGAAAUUAUGUUAUACGUAUGCCUAGGUUCCUCAUUGCAAUAACAAAUUUGAUAAAGUAUGGUUAAUGAAAUUAAUCAGCCUAAAGAGAUCACGGAGAAUGCUCAAUUGGAGCAGCGAUUAAUUGCUUCAAGUCACGCAUUAUUGGAAAUGCAAGCUGAACAUAAUCAAUUAAUGCAAAGCAUGGAACAAUUACGCGAAAGAGCUGGGGAACUGCAACAAAUGCGCUUUCAACAAUCGUCAGAACUGCAAUCAAGUAGCACCCAAUCGUCAUCUUCAAAAAUACAAACUAAGAUCACUGAGGCAAUUGAAACGAAGGAGGAAGCUAUAGCAGAAAAAUCGAAAGAAUCCGUGCAAUCCGAAGACGGGGAUAAAAAAGCUGCUUCAGAAGCUGACUAUAUAAGUCAAAAAUUAAAUGAAAUAGCUUUGCUUAAGGCUCAGUUUAAAAAAGUACAAAAUUUGGUUAGUACUACGGAAAUGAUCGAAAAACAUUUGAGUCAACAAACAACUAGUGCUUCAAAUCUUAAUAAAGAAAUCGUCAGUGAGGAAAGUGAGAAAAGUGAAAUCACUAGUACUUAUGAGUGCGCUACAAGUUCUAAAUCGCAUAGUCUUUUGACCAAAACUUCGAGCAUUUCGACAUCUACCAAUCAGACAUCAAAUGAAGAUAGCGACGAUAAACGUCAACUAUUAAAUACUAUGGUCGAUAUGUUUCAGGAUUUAUCUGGUGAUUUAAAGGAGCAAGCGGACAACUUGCGUGCAGAGAGAGAGCGUAUUAAAGCCUUAAAGGAAGAUAUUGUACGUCAAAAGCAACAAUCAAAAAAAUAAAUAUAAUUUUUCAACGUUUCCUGCUUAGUAUUAAUAAUCCAAAUUUUAUUUAUAAUAUUUUUUUUUUUUUUUGUUUUUUUGAUUUCUAAAUUUCAUUCGUUUUCUUUAAUUUUCGCUUUAAUUUCGUGCAGUUGUUUUCGUAAAAUUAUUUAUAAAUAUUAAUGUAUAAUAUUGUGGAUUGCACAUUAAAAUAAGUUGAUCUGGCAA